AUGCCGGAGCUUCCAGAGGUUCACCGUGCCGAGAGAGCUUGUAAUGCAAAUUUAGUUGGAAAACAGAUCGUUCAAGUUGAAACGCAAGAAGACAAGUUGGUUUUCUGUGGUAUAUCAAAUGAUGAAUUUGAACGUAGUUUAUUAAAUAAGUUCGUCAAAAGUACCGGUCGAUGGGGAAAAUAUUUCUAUUUUGAAAUGAACAAAAGUCCAAACCCUGUCUUUCAUUUUGGAAUGACUGGAAAUAUUCGUUUUAAAGAUCAAGGAGCAUUUUCUUAUCGUAAACCAUCCAAGAAUGAUCCAAGCGAAUGGCCUCCAAAAUUUUGGAAAUUUAUUCUUACAUUAAAGGAUUCGACUAAUACAUCUUCUGAAAAAGUUGUUAUGGCAUUCACUGAUGUACGCAGAUUAGCAAGGAUACGUCUGGUUACUAAUUCACCAUUACAGGAUGAUCCUAUAUUAAGGUUGGGAUUUGAUCCUUUGCGGAACAUGCCGGACGUAAAGACAUUCAGUGAAUUGGUUUUGAAGCGAAAGUGCCCGAUCAAAGCUUUGUUAUUGGACCAACAAUUUUCCGCUGGGAUUGGCAAUUGGGUCGCAGAUGAAGUGUUGUUUCAAUCACAUGUUCAUCCUGGCCAAUACGCGCAUACACUCAUCGAAGAACAAAUCAAUGCACUGCACGAGAAUUUGGUAUACGUAUGCAAAACGGCUGUUGAUGUAAAUGCUGAAGCGCGGUUGUUUCCUGAUAGUUGGCUUUUUCAUUAUAGAUGGAGUAAAGGAGCGAAGAAUGGAGCGUUUAUGCCGGAUGGAGAACAGAUUUUAUUUGAAACUGUAGGUGGGAGAACUAGUGCUAUUGUACCAAGUGUACAAAAGUUACCUGAAGAUACGAUAGAAAGGAAGAUCUCACGUUCACGUGUUUCUAAGGAUGUAGAACCUAAGAAGAAAUCAACGCGCCAAAAACGUAAUUUUACUGCAGCUCAGGAUGAUCCUUUGUCCAGUAAACCGGUCACAAAACACGUUCAAUCACCUAUCCAAGUCAUUGGUAAGAAACGUAAGAUUGUCACAAUUCUUGAUGAUGCAGAUGUUGAUACUUCGACGAUCAAACCAUCCGCGAAACGGAUUCGCAAGCCAGACAAAAGAGACGGUGAAACGUCAGUCCAAAAAGUGGUUACUAGAUCUAAUCAUACCGUGUCACAUGAGUCAUCGACAAAUACUUGA